AUGUACCCGAAUCGAGGAGUGAUAGAAAUACGAAAUCCUAAAUCUGUUCCAGGAGAUGUACAUCGGACCUUUACUUUUGAUUGCGUGUACGACUGGACUUCCAAACAGCGAGAACUUUAUGAGGAGACAUUCCGCCCACUUGUCCAGUCUGUAUUGGAAGGUUUUAAUGGUACAAUAUUUGCUUAUGGACAGACAGGAACAGGAAAAACAUACACAAUGCAGGGAGUGAAAAAUGAUCCUGAUAUACGUGGUGUGAUUCCCAACUCAUUUGAACACAUCUUCCAACAUAUUUCUCGUUCCGAAAAUCAGCAGUACCUGGUUCGUGCAUCGUAUUUGGAAAUUUAUCAGGAAGAAAUUCGGGAUUUGUUAUCCAAAGAUCAAUCAAAACGUUUAGAGUUGAAAGAAAGGCCAGACACUGGUGUGUAUGUAAAGGAUCUGUCAUCAUUUGUGACAAAAAGCGCCAAGGAAAUUGAACAUGUGAUGAAUGUCGGUAAUCAAAAUAGAGCUGUUGGGGCAACCAAUAUGAAUGAACACAGUUCCAGGUCCCAUGCUAUCUUUAUCAUCACCAUUGAGUGCACAGACAUUAAACAUAUGAGUGUUAUCACCUCCUAUAACUUCCAUUUCUUUCUUUCCUUUUUUUUCUUUCUUUCCUUUUUUUCUUUCUUUCCUUUUUUUCUUUCUUUCCUUUUUUUCUUUCUUUCCUUUUUUUCUUUCUUUCCUUUUUUCUUUCUUUCCUUUUUUUUCCUUUUUUUCUUUUUUUUUUUUUUUCUUUCUUUUUUCUUUCUUUCUUUUUUUUUCCUUUUUUUUUUCCUUUUUUUUCUUUCUUUCCUUUUUUCUUUCUUUCCUUUUUUCUUUCUUUCCUUUUUUCUUUCUUUCCUUUUUUCUUUCUUUCCUUUUUUCUUUCUUUCCUUUUUUCUUUUUUUUUUUCUUUUUUUUUUCUUUCUUUCCUUUUUUUUCUUUCUUUCCUUUUUCUUUUUUUUUCCUUUUUCUUUUUUUCUUUCCUUUUUUCUUUCUUUCCUUUUCUUUCUUUCCUUUUUUUCUUUCUUUCCUUUUUUUUUCUUUUCUUUCCUUUUUUCUUUCUUUCCUUUUUUUCUUUCUUUCCUUUUUUUCUUUCUUUCCUUUUUUCUUUCUUUCCUUUCCUUUUCUUUCUUUCCUUUUCUUUCUUUCCUUUUCUUUCUUUCCUUUCUUUUUUUUUCUUUCUUUCUUAUGUAUCCUUUUUCUCAUUAA